CAGCCAUCUUCUGAGACGACCACUUUCGGCAAGAAAUUUCUCGACUAUGGAGAAGUUACAGUAAUUACCGAGCCUGUUCGUUUUCUCUUCUCAUUUCUGUUUCACAUUAAAAAUGAGGGCGAUUAUUCUGCUCCUCCUCUUCUGCUGCGCAGUGUGUGUGUCUGCAGUCACCCGCUCUCUGCAGUAUUUCUACAUUGGAUCUUCUGAGGUCCCAAACCUCCCAGAGUUUGUGGUUUUUGGGAUGGUUGAUGACGUUCAGAUGAUUCACUAUGACAGUAACACCAGGAGAGCUGUGCCCAAACAGGACUGGAUGAGCAAAGUCACAGGACAUGAUCCACAGUACUGGGACACAGAGAGUAGAGGGUUCAGUAAUGCUGAGCAGGUGUUCAGAAACAACACUGAAAUUGCAAAGCACCGCUUCAAUCAAACUGGAGGUAUCCACGUUGUCCAGUUAAUGUAUGGCUGUGAAUGGGAUGAUGAGUUUGAAGAUAUUCAAGGAUAUUACCAAUACGGCUAUGAUGGAGAAGACUUCAUAACAUUUGACGUAAACACGGAGACAUGGAUCACUCCAGUACCUCAGGCUGUCAUCACCAAAAAUAAGUGGGAUCGGGAUGCAGAUGGGAAUACAAAGAGGACAAAGUACUUAACUCAGGACUGUGUUGACUGGCUGAAGAAAUAUGUGGACUAUGGUCAGGAAAGUCUGAUAAGAACAGUCCUUCCCUCAGUGUCUCUCCUCCAGAAGACUCCCUCCUCUCCAGUCAUCUGCCACGCUACAGGUUUCUAUCCUUACAGAGCUGAGAUGGUCUGGAGGAAAGAUGGAGUGGAGAUUCAUGAGGGUGUGUACAAAGGAGAGAUCCUCACCAACAAUGAUGGGACCUUCCAGAUGAGUGUUUAUCUGGACCUCAGAUCUGUUAUAGCUGAAGACUGGAAGAGAUAUGACUGUGUGUUCCAGCUCUUCGGCGUGAAGGAGGACAUCGUCACCAAACUGGAGAAAGCUUUGAUUAAGACCAGUGAAACCUUACUAGGAUGGUCCAGGGUCACGAUCAUCACAGUCAUUGGAGCUUUUGUUUUCCUCAUUGCUGUAACUGGACUCAUUAUUUAUCGAAAGAAAACUGUGUCCAAGACACCUGGGAAUUCUGCUGAAGAUAUUAUCUGUGACAACGAAGACAGAAAAAGUUUGGAUAAGCUUGUGAGCUUCACCAAGGAAUCUUCAACACUGAACCUCUGAGAAAAAGUUUCUGCUGCAACAGAAGUUAACAAUUUUUCUUCACUGAUUUGAUGCAGUUCUUGUCACAGUCCUGGGUUGGUGACCCAGUAUUUUGUGUAUUAUUAUUAUUAUUAUUAUUAUUGUUGUUGUUGUUAUUCUGUGAUUUAUCUGUUGUAUAUGACUUGUAGUGUUGAUUUCUGUUUUUGUAUUCUAGUUCUUAGGUUUUGUUCUGGUGCUCUUCUGUUUAGUAGGUUUAGUUCUGUGCCCACUGUUUCCUGUUUUACUUUGAAGGUCAAUGUAUUCUGUUUUGCUUCCUCCCCAUCUCGUCUUUGUAAUUAGUGUCAGCCAUGUCUCCCAGGUGGUUGCUCUUUGCCCGUUCCCCUUCUGUAUUUAGUGUUUGCGUGUGUUCCUGUUCGUCAUCGCGUCGUCCCUCAUACUUGCCUGUGUUCUGUUUCAAGCUCAGUUUCUAGCCUUCCCAGUUUAGUUUCUGUUUUGUCUUAUGCCAGCAAUAAA